CCGCCGCGUCGCGCCCGGAUGACGAAGCCGGACUUGACGCCGCGGCGGAAGAAGGGAGAGGCGGAGCGUGGCGCGGUGACGUCUCCCAAGAUGGCGGAGAGCGAGUGAGGGAACCGUGCUCCCAUGAGCUGCUGUGGAUCAAGUGUAAAAUUCCAUUCUGGUAUCAAAAUGCAGUAUUCACACCACUGUGAACACCUUUUAGAGAGACUGAACAAACAACGAGAAGCAGGUUUUCUUUGUGACUGCACCAUAGUGAUUGGGGAAUUCCAAUUUAAAGCUCAUAGGAAUGUGCUCGCCUCGUUUAGUGAGUAUUUUGGUGCAAUCUACAGAAGCACUUCUGAGAACAAUGUCUUUCUUGAUCAGAGUCAGGUGAAGGCUGAUGGAUUUCAGAAAUUGUUGGAGUUUAUUUACACAGGAACUUUAAAUCUUGACAGUUGGAAUGUUAAAGAAAUUCAUCAGGCUGCUGACUAUCUCAAAGUGGAAGAGGUGGUUACAAAAUGUAAAAUAAAGAUGGAAGAUUUUGCUUUUAUUGCUAAUCCUUCUUCUACAGAGAUAUCUAGUAUUACUGGAAACAUUGAAUUGAAUCAACAGACUUGUCUUCUUACUCUGCGAGAUUAUAACACUCGGGAGAAAUCAGAAGUCUCUGCAGACUUAGUUCAGGCAAAUCCUAAACAAGGAGCUUUGACAAAGAAGUCAUCUCAAAGUAAAAAGAAGAAGAAGCCUUUCAACUCCCAGACAGCAGGACAGAAUAAAACAGUGCAAUACCCCAGUGACAUUUUAGAAAAUGCAUCUGUUGAAUUAUUCUUAGAUGCAAGUAAGUUGUCCACACCUGUAGUAGAGCAAAUUGCACAGAGAAAUGGUAAUUCAGAACUUGAGUUGACAUCAGUUAUGGAAAACACUUUUCCAGCACAAGAUAUUGUGCAAACUGUUACAGUGAAACGGAAACGAGGAAAAUCACAGCCCAGCUGUGCUCUGAAAGAACACUCUAUGUCCAAUAUAGCCAGUGUCAAGAGUCCAUAUGAGCUGGAGAACUCAGGGGAAGAGCUGGAUCAGAGGGACUCCAAGGCCAAGCCCGUGUGCAACACGUGUGGGAAAGUGUUUUCAGAAGCCAGCAGCUUGAGAAGGCACAUGAGAAUACACAAAGGAGUCAAACCUUACGUCUGCCACUUGUGUGGAAAGGCAUUCACUCAGUGUAACCAGCUGAAAACACACGUAAGAACUCACACAGGUGAGAAGCCAUACAAAUGUGAAUUGUGUGAUAAAGGAUUUGCUCAGAAAUGCCAGCUGGUCUUCCAUAGUCGCAUGCAUCAUGGUGAGGAAAAACCCUACAAAUGUGAUGUGUGCAAUUUACAGUUUGCAACUUCCAGCAAUCUCAAGAUCCAUGCAAGGAAGCACAGCGGAGAGAAGCCAUAUGUCUGUGAUAGGUGUGGACAGAGAUUUGCCCAGGCCAGCACCCUGACCUAUCAUGUGCGGCGGCACACCGGGGAAAAGCCAUAUGUGUGUGACACAUGUGGGAAGGCAUUUGCUGUCUCUAGUUCUCUUAUCACUCAUUCUCGAAAACAUACAGGUGAAAAACCAUACAUAUGUGGUAUUUGUGGGAAAAGUUUUAUUUCCUCAGGAGAGCUCAACAAACACUUUCGAUCCCAUACAGGAGAAAGACCAUUUAUCUGUGAAUUGUGUGGAAAUUCUUAUACAGAUAUUAAAAAUUUAAAGAAGCACAAAACAAAAGUCCAUUCUGGUGCAGAUAAAACUCUAGAUUCCAGUAUAGAAGAUCAUACUGUGAGUGAACAAGAUUCCAUACAAAAAAGCCCUUUAUCAGAAGCUAUGGAUGUGAAGCCUUCUGAUGUGACUUUGCCUCUAGCUCUUCCACUUGGGGCUGAGGACCACCACAUGCUUCUGCCUGUCACAGAUAACCAGUCUCCUACGUCAGAGACGUUGUUGAGGUCAACUGUGAAUGGCUAUGCAGAACCACAGCUGAUAUUUUUACAACAGUUAUACUAAGUUUGUGAGGAACAUGGGAUCACUAAGACAUCUCUGGGAGUAACACAGACAUCUCUGGCAAGGUGCAUAUAUCCAUAGUAAAUUCCCAUUCAUUGGAGUUGUGACUAUUUUUCAUUCACUGAAGUAAAGCACCUGAUACAUCAU